GAGGUCUCAAUGUAUUCGAUUUUUUUCUCUCGGUUGCUCAAAUACUCCGACAAAUCCUGUCAUCGAGGGAGCACGACCGAGGAGGGGGGAUAUGAGGGGUGGCUGGUGAAAGGCACCUGCCCUGGCUGCUGGCCUGUCCCCGAGGAGCAGCGUGAUGACAAACUAAACUAACAGGGCUGUUAAAAACACACACAUGCACGCACAUGCACGCACACACGUGUGCCGGGGAUCUCGGUGCCACUUGCUGAAAGGGGGGAGCUGGGGGACCACUGUGGGAGGGCUCUGGGGCUGCCAGGGCUCUCCAGAAUCCCUGCAUCCCACUAAAUCCUGAGUUUCCUGGGUGCGUGGGUGUGGAUGUCUCUUUUUAGAAGGUUUUGCUGGAAAGGAGAUGGCUGGAAGCCAAGCCUCGGGAGCUGAGUGCUUUGCUCAAGAUGGGAAAUUCCUCUCACACAGACAGGACCAGGAACCCGACAGGCUGGGGUGCUGCCCUGCCCACGGGACACAUCCCACCCCUCCUGCCCAUGCUCCCUCCUUCCCAGCCGGAGGGGCAUUCAGCGAGCAACACUAAAAAAUGCACAUUUUGGCCGAGCACGACGCGGAAGGGGUUGGGACGUGACGCAAUGCCUGGCAGGGCUUCCCCACUCCACGCUCUGCCGGGGACUGCAGAUGCCGAGGCUUGGCCAGGGCAUCUCCCCUCCAGCAAACCCCGGGGCCCCCCAAAAGGAUGGGGCUCUGCCUGGCUCUGCUCCCUCACCCCAAAAGCAGGGCUGGGACGGGCUGCCGGGGUCGCGCUGGUGGAGCCCAGCCAAGGCUGAAUAGACUUUCCCUGAGUCACCAAAAGUCUGGCCAAGAGAGGGGGACGAGCGAACGGCCUCACCCCGGGCAGGUGCCAGCAAGGCCUGGGGGUGUCAAUCUGCACACCAGGACCUGCCCCAGAGCCCGAAACAGCAGCUGUGACACCCAAAAUCUCCAGCUGGGUGUGGGUUUGGUGCGACUCAGAGCAGUUUCCAGCAACACCCCGACUCGGCUGGGGGUGGGCCUUUUCUGCUGGGCGGGGGUGCCAAGUCUCCUGGCUUUGCAUCCCACACCAAGCAGCUGCUGCAUUAUUUGGGUUUUUGGGGUUUUUUUCUCCUUUUUUGGCAAAAGCCUCCCCCGGAGCAUUCUACUCCCGGAGGGGGACUGGCAGCAGCAGUGUUUUCCGGCCCGCCGUUGUUCCUGAAAACUCUCUGGGUUUCAUUUUCGAGGCUCAGCAGCUGCUGCUGCCAUGCUGGGGGAAGGCGGAAGCUGCUCGGCCCCACACUGGGGCCCUACAGUGGAGCCUCCAAGCCUCCCCUUUCCAGAGGUUGGGAGCCACAAUGUGCCGAAGGCAGGGCUGGCAAGGCCCUAGCCCACAACACCUUCCCGGCGUGCAGGAAGGACCCGUGUGUGUUCCCCAUGGAGAUCCGACGCGCUUUGCCCACAGAUAUGCGGGAGCUGCUGCACUGCUUGAAGAUGAAGAGCAAGUACGCCGUCCUGCUGGUCUUCGUCAUCAGCCUCGUCAUCAUCGAGAAGGAGAACAACUUCAUCUCCAGGGUGUCGGACAAGCUGAAGCAGUCCCCGCAAGCACUGGCAGAGGCCAACAGCACAGAGGCCAGCCCAGCACCGGCCAAGAACGGCUCGCUGGCCUCGCUGCAGGAGCUGGACGCUGCCUUCUCCCAGCUGAGGUCCCACCUGUACAACAUCACCCUGCAGCUGGCAGCCGACGGGGACGUGGGGCCACGGCGGCACGUCCUGCUGAUGGCCACCACCCGCACUGGCUCCUCCUUCGUCGGAGAGUUCUUCAACCAGCAGGGCAGCAUCUUCUACCUCUUCGAGCCCCUCUGGCACGUCGAGAAGACGGUGACCUUCCUGCCGGGGGGAGCCAGUGCUGUGGGCUCAGCCUUGGUUUACCGAGAUGUCCUCAAGCAGCUCCUCCUCUGCGACCUCUACAUCCUAGAGAACUUCAUCUCGCCGGUUCCCGAGGGCCAUCUGACGCCCUUCUUGUUUCGGCGGGGCUCCAGCCACUCGCUGUGCGAGGAGCCCGUCUGCACGCCCAGCACCAAGAAGGUCUUUGAGAAGUACUACUGCAAGAACCGCCGCUGCGGCCCCCUCAACAUCACGCUGGCGGCCGAGGCGUGCCGGCGCAAGCAGCACGUGGCCCUGAAGACGGUGCGCAUCCGGCAGCUGGAGUUCCUGCAGCCGCUGGUGGAGGACCCUCGGCUGGACCUGCGCAUCAUCCAGCUGGUGCGGGACCCCCGCGCCGUCCUGGCCUCGCGCAUGGUGGCCUUCUCGGGCAAGUACGAGACCUGGAAGAAGUGGGCGUCCGAAGGGGAGGCCCCGCUGCACGAGGAGGAGGUGCAGCGGCUGCGGGGCAACUGCGAGAGCAUCCGCGUGUCGGCGGAGCUGGGGCUGCGGCGGCCGGGCUGGCUGCGGGGCCGCUACAUGCUGGUGCGCUACGAGGACGUGGCGCGGGCGCCGCUGCAGAAGGCGCGGGAGAUGUUCCGCUUCGCCGGGCUGCCCCUCACCCGCCAGGUGGAGGAGUGGAUCGGCAGAAACACGCAGGCUCCCCCCGACGGCAACGGCGUCUACUCCACGUGCAAGAACUCCUCGGAGCAGUUCGACAAGUGGCGGUUCAGCAUGCCCUUCAAGCUGGCGCAGGUGGUGCAGGACGCCUGCGCCCCAGCCAUGCAGCUCUUUGGCUACAAGCUGGCCAGCAGCCCUGCAGCGCUGGCCAACCGCUCCUUCAGCCUGCUGGAGGAGGCACAGCCCGCCUGGGUCACGUAGUGGCGCGGGGCCGCGGCGGCGGGGCGGAACGAGGGGCUGCGGCCGUGCUCCCGGCCGGCCCGGAGACCACCUGGGGGUCCCUGCUCCCAAAAAUGCUCCUCGCUGCUGCCAGAUGGCAGCCCCAGGAGCCGGAGCGUCUUGGCAGAGCUGGCCCCGGGGUCCUGCAGAGCCUGAAUUAUACAAUUUCUCCGGGAAUGGGGAAUUGUAAGGGUGAGGGGCAGUGGGGUCGGCAACAGGGCCACCUCCCCAGCUCGGGAGCUGCACUGAGGAAGAGGAGGGUGAUGGCAAGCAGAGGGGCACAGGACCAAGCACCUCUGGCUUGCCUUCCCCCAUGCCAGCUGGGACGGGGCAAGGACAAAAUUCCUGUGGUGCCAGCAAGCGCCCAGAGACCUUCUUGGUUUAGUGCCUUCAUACAGCAGCAGAGACUGGAAACUGCCCACAGAGCCCUGGACGGCACUUGGGCUACAACAAAAUGAGGUGACUAUGGUUUGGUGCUCUUCAAACUUGGUUUUGGAGGUUUGGGUUUAUUUCCUUUUUUCCCUGUGUAUUUGCAUACCAGGUGAAUUUAUUUAUUUAUUAUGUGAACAGGAGGGGGAGGCUGGUCAAGGAGCUAAGCCCAAAAAUCAGAGCAGCGCAACAUACCACAAAGGGGGACACCCAGAACAGAGGUCACAUUUUAGCUGGACACCACCACGUGUCCUUCUGCAUGAUUUUGGGAGAGCCCCCGGGGUCUGAGGGGCUGUAAACCCCCCCAAGCCCCGUGCAGCACCAACUGGGAACUUCAGCGGUGCUGAAAGACGGUCAGACUUGUCUGAGUAAAAACAAAGCCACCAGCACAGAGUCCAAAGCAUCUCCUGUCUCCUUAGUAUUGGUGGGUGUCCCCUGCCCAGGGGAGUCCCAGAAAUACGUGUUAACAGCACUGAUGGGUGGCCAAACCUGGUAGAGGCCCAGGGAGUUUCAGGGUGUUUGCCGUUUGCAGAUGUUGACCCAGUGCCGAGCUGCCCCCUCCAAUUCACAUUUCAUUCAUUAAAAUGCCUAUUUUUA